AUACAUAUGUAUUUUCUGAGAGGAUGUACAUAAUAAGUUGUCCUUAUUUUGCGGUUUCAUACAUAAGCAGAAUAUAAAAGCAGCUAUAAAAUAUAAAGUUUCGUGGAACAAAGAGGACAACUAACUUCGAACGAUCAAACCGGUUGCCUUAAGCUUGUUGAGGAAAAAGAUUCAUUUAUUUAGACUCCAAUCGUUCUAUAAUCGGAUCGUACAACAAGAGGUUACACUAUUCAUAAUGAUUCUAAAAAAUAUCUGUGUAUUAUUAUUCGGUGUCAUUCUAAUUAAUAAAAUAGAUGCCGCUAGGACUACUGAAAAAGGGCAUGGUGUUAGGAAUACAGACGCUUUGGUGCAUAGAAGACCAAUCAGACAAUUGUAUCCUUAUGCCUAUGACCCAUAUAACACACAAGGAUAUCAGCAGGGAUACAAUACUCAACAACAAAACGGUUAUGGACCAGCGGAUGAUCCCUACAAUUAUAAUUCGCAUUCAUCGAAACAUAACGUAGUGACUGGCCGAAUCCCUGCAGGGCAACCUAUUAACAUAGGAAAUGGUCGUGGAAAUACCAACAUAGUGGCAAUAACUGACGCUGACCCAAACACAGAUGUCUAUAUUGGACACAAAAAUUCUGGAGACAGGGGAAAUAAUGGAUAUGCAAAUGAUGGAUAUGGAAAUAAUGGCUAUGGUAAUGAUGGAUAUGGUAAUAAUGGCAAUGGAAAUAAUGGCUAUAAAAAUGAUGGAUAUGAUUCCACCGAUAGGUUGCAAGGUCCGAACAGUGGCAUAUUGGUAACCAAAAGAAAAGAUGGUACCGAUAAUGUUUAUUUAUAUAACAAAAAUACAAAACCGAAAGGGGGUAAUAAUAACAUUGUUGUGAUCAACGAAAACAGAAAUGGUGAUGCAGAUUUCGUUGCAUUGCAGGGUGGCGGUAGAUCUGGUGAAUCUUAUAUCGCAAUAUCUAACAAUCCAAAUAAGCAUCAAAGACCAAGUCACAAUGAGCAAUCUAAACUGAGCAGCAGGUCUGGAUACUACGGAGAAUCGCAGUAUAGAUAUUGAAUUCAUUUAUAUAUACAUAGAGUUUUGUCACUGUACGUUUGUAAUACUGUCUUUUAAAUUUCCUAGAAUUUCGUUUUGUAUUUAUGUGUUUGUAAUGUUAGUUUUUUUCCUAUAAAAAUUUUCUAAAUCGUACUUUAAUAAUAAAGUUUAGAGAAAU